GUUGCAUGCUAUAAUAAACACUCCAAAUGACUGGAGUGCAUUUGUAGCGACCUGAAAGUGGUUGAAGAGAGUUUUGAGAUAAAAUCCGAACCAAGGAUGCAAAGACUAGGUCUAUAUGCUCUUGUGUUGACCCUGCUUGCACUUCAAGCUGAAGCUGUUUCAGUCUCAAGUUUUUUCAGUUAUGGGGAGAGAGUGGUUCCUCGAGGACAGACUGCUAGCUCUCUUCUCCAGCUCAGCAACUCAUUUAGAUACAAUGGUCUUGAGUUCAACUCAAUCUAUGUGAAUUCUAAUGGAUUGAUAUCUCUUGGAGCAGACUUCGACUUUCUCCCUGGGACAUUCCGCUCUGAUCCCUCCCUGAUAGCACCAUUUUGGACCAGUUACAACUACUCAGAGAGUGGCCAGGUGUACUUUAAAGAAUCUGUGGAUGUUGCUGAUCUCACUAAGGCCACCUCGGUUGUCAGAACUGCUUUGCCAAGUACAUUGUCUGCAGUUUCAUCAGUUGUUGUCGUGACAUGGGAAAACAUGCAAGGAAUCGGCAGUGCUAUGGAAACAAACACAUUUCAAUGUAUUCUGGCUACGAGUGGCUCGCAGUCCUACAUCAUCGUGUACUACUUAACUGGAGGAAUGCAACUUUCUGGCUCCCCGUUUGCUCAAGUGGGCCUCAGCUGGGGUGACCAAAACACCACCCUUCCCUCGUCAGGCACUAAGGAUGUACUGGACAUCACUGACACUGGGAACUCUGGGGAGGAGGGACUGUGGGUGUGGAGAGUGGACACCAUACCAACACUGCCAGGUGUGAUUCUUGGUUGGGAUCAAACUGCUCAUACUGUAUCUGAGGUCAGUGGCAGCCUUCAGGUGUGUGCCUCCGUGCUCAGUGGAAUGCUCUCAAGUACCAUCACUGCGUCAAUAGUAACCGGACUACAGACUGCAGAUGAUGACGAUUACAACGUGAACAAUAGACAACUGUCAUUCUUUGCACAGUACACUGAGUGCAUUACAGUUACACUCGAAAAUGAUGCAGUACUUGAAGAUGAGGAAUAUGCUACUCUAUUACUGCAACCUACAGGCAAUACCAACCAAUUUAUCGCUGUACUGCCACGACAGACUGUCAUAAGAAUUCAGGAUGAUGAUGUUGGUAUCAUGGCUCCCCUCACCUCUACAUUGGUGGUGUCUGAGGAGGAACGUCUUGUGCAAGUCUGUGGAAAGAUCACUGACAGCAAUGGGAACAUUGUCACAUCACAAAAGACUGUCACUGUUGCGUACAACACCAGUCCAGGAACUGCUCUAGAAAAUGAAGACUUCUCACCUGCAAUCAAUAGAGAGUUGGUAUUUGUGCAAACAUCAACUGUGUGUUCAACAAUUUCAGUUCAAAAUGAUGAGAUUUUUGAGAAUGAGGAGGCGUUCUACUUUGCUUUCAGCAAUGCCUUUUCCCAAGAGAGAAUUUCUGUGGAUACUUCUCGGGUAUCAGUGACGAUACAAGAUGACGAUGCUCGGAGAGUAGUGUUGUCCUUCGACCAGAAUGGGUACACUGUGAUGGAGGGUGGCUCAGUCACAACUUGUUUGCUCAUGACGCCGGAACAGUUGGGUGGCAACUUCAGCGUUACAUUGAGGACCAGGAAACCUGUUGAGCUCAUUCAAAAUAUAGUCCGACCGGCUACUAAUGGCGAUGAUUUUGCCGGCAACAGUAUUGUCUUGGAGUUCACUCCCAGCAAUGCAGGACAGCAACAUUGUCUCACGAUACCGAUAAUCGAGGACACAGUCUACGAGGGAGAAGAGAUAUUUGGUUUCGAAAUCUACAAAGAUGAGGCUCUGGAAGUUUCUGUUCCCAAACCUCGUGUUGUUGUUCGCAUCACGGACAAUGAUGACAUUCAACUCAGCCUGCUACAAAGUCAAUACGAAUUCAAUGAAGGGCAAGCAAAAGAUGAAAUCAGCAUCUGUGUCAAUAGGACUGGAGAAAUGGAGUGGACAAUCGUAGUAGAGACUACUCUAUUCGAGGGAACUGCUAAUUUCUUUGAUGGAGAUCGUGGUGAUUUUACACGUGAAGUUGAAAAUAUUAUCUUCUUGCCUGAUGCCACCACUGCAUGCACUCUGAUCGACAUCAAAAAUGACCCUUACUUUGAAACAGAAAUAGAAACAUUCAGUGUGACGGUGGAUUAUUUCGAUAGUUUGGUGUCCUUCACGAUGAACACUGCUGACAUCCUGAUCCGUGAUAAUGAUGUUGUGAGGAUAGGAUUUUUCUUUUCUGACCCUACAAUUGAGGUCAGAGAGGAAGGAAACGCAGCGAGCACCCAACUGAUCAUAAGCCAAUCAGGUCAAGUUGACAUUCCCGUUUCAGUAUCAAUGGUCCCUGUCAAUGGAACAGCUACAGAGCAUGAAGAUUAUGAGGCUCGGGGGGAAUCCAUAUACUUCGCAAACAAUAUUCUUAAUACCCAAAGUGUGGGAGAGAGAGUGGAGAUCCAAAGUUCGAGCAUCAGUGUGACUCUGCUUGAUGACCCUGUUGUCGAGGGGGAUGAGCAAUUACUGCUUCAACUGAUACCAGAUGACCCACGGGUACAGGUCACUCAACACAGCACUGUUACGGUGAUCAUCAGGGAGAAUGAUGAGGUAACUAUUGGUUUUACCGAGCAGUCAUUUGUUGUCAAUGAGGGAGUUGGGGAUAUUGAGGUGUGUCUCUUCUUGCGAGGGUAUUCCACCAAGCCAUUUACUGUGACCAUAUCUACCAGGGAGGUUACUGCAAAAGAGGGUGUUGAUUUUGAGACUCAGGGAUUAACCAUUGAGCUCCCCCCAACAAGUGAAGAUGUGCUUUCUGCCUUGUAUCAGCUAAGUCCUGUUGAUAGGCUCAGUGCCGAUAAGCCGGAAUCCAGUCCCCAGUGUGCAACUAUCACAAUCAUUGACGAUAGUGUGACAGAAGAGGGUGGCAGUAAGCAGCUGGAUCUGAGCUUGCAAACGAAUGACCCACGUAUUGUUAUUGAUCAAACAAAGUCAUCUGCCACUGUUGCUAUCCAAGACGAUGACUUUGUCACCAUUACCUUGGAAAUGAGCACAAUAUCUGUGUCUGAGGACGAGGAGAUAGUACACGUGUGUGCCCGACUCUCCGGGGAGGCGGACUUUGACAUUAAUGCUCUAUUUCAAACAUUUCCCAUUUCUGCUGUGGCUGGUGAUGAUUACAUCACAAAGACUGUUCCCAUUGUAUUCCCUGCCCACAUCACAGAAGCUCAGUGUGCUGAUUUUUCAGUGAUAGAUGAUGAUAUUCUUGAGAAUCCGGAAGAGUUUUCGAUUGAGCUGCGUGUUAUUUCAUCUUCUCAAGUCACGGUUGGGAUUAACAGAACGCUGACUGUUGUCAUCUCUGACAAUGACUUUGUGGAAGUGGUAUUUGAGGCAGCUGAAUAUUCUGAUGAAGAGGGAAGUGCCGUUGAAGUUUGUGCUCUGAUGAAGGGCAUAGCUGUGAUAGAAGUAUCUGCUCUUGUUUCUACCAGACCAUCUGCAGAGGGGGCACUGGCUACUCCGAAUGAUGAUUACCGUGCAAUAUCCAAUGUCACGUUAUUCCGCAACGAGAGCAUCUCCCACACGGGCCUUAGAAGGCAGUGUGUGUCUAUUGCCCUCAACGAUGACAAUGUUUUGGAAAACACCGAGUCGUUCCAAGUGUUCUUGACCUCUCAGGACAGUGUGGUUCACACUACAGCUGCUAGUGUGGCUGAUGUAUACAUCUUAGACAAUGACGGAGUGAGAAUGGGGAUUCAGGAACGCAAGUAUGAAGUCAUGGAGGCCCAGAGAAUCCAGCCAGUAUGCGUGGAGCUGCUUGGUCGCAUUGAGAAGAGUAUCUCUGUAAUGCUCUCCACCAGUUCCAACACAGCAACUGGUGGCGCUGACUACACCAGUGUGAGAUUAGUUGCGCUCAUGUUUCAAGCAUCUGAGAGUGACAACCAAACUCUGUGUGCAGACUUCACUGUCAUAGAUGACAUCAUAUAUGAAGCCAAUGAGACUUUCACUGUCAGUUUAUAUAUUGAUGAAAGUACCACUGGAGUCAGUGUCCACAUUCCAAGUGCCACUGUGACCAUUAUUGAUGAUGAUGAGGCCACUCUGAGAUUUGGAGCGCCUUCUUACGAAGUGGAGGAAGGAGAGGGGCCAGCUCAGGUGUGUAUCGAGUUGACCGGGAGAACCGAAACUCAAGUGGAAUGCUUUAUCUCAACACAGCCAGCUACUGCCCAACAAGGUGGUCAGGCAGAUUACACCUUCAGCGACCCUGCCUCUCUUGUAUUUCCUCCUUCAUCUGGUACCAGCACACGUUGUGCAUUCAUCAGUAUCGUAAACGAUUCGAUCCUUGAGACUACCGAAUACUUUACAGUCAUAGCGACCAGCUACACACCUCGUGUCAUUGUCAUUGACAACACCAGCACUGUCAACAUCAUUGAUAACGACAUUGUGACUGUGGGAUUUGUUGAGCUAUUACUUAAUGUUAGUGAAGAUAUUGAAAUUGAGAGAAGUGUCACUUUGUGCGUGGAACUCUCUGGGGAAAUUGAGAGGAAUGUGACCGUCACAGUUGCUACAGCAUCUUCCAACAGUCCUCUGGCAAUUGCAACUGCCAAUCACGAUUAUGUCCCAUUGGAGAGGAAUCUUGAGUUCAGUCCUAGUCAGGAGAACAAAACGCUAUGUGUUGUGGUGUCAGUGCUCGAUGAUCGUCUUGUGGAGAGUGUGGAGAGGUUUGACAUUGUUGUUACCAGCUUGAGUGUGGGAGUCAACACUCCAGAGAGUACACAGAGGGCAACCGUGGCGAUCUAUGAUGAAGAUGUUGUGUGCGUGAGAGGAAAUACGGACACAUCUCGAGGGUACUUUGAAUGGCCAGAAGCAUUCCCUAAUGAUGUUGUAGUUCUUGAAUGCAUCAAUAGCAGUGCUUCAAGACGUUGUAGCCCUGAGGGUGUUUGGGGUCCUCCUGAAGUAGAGAGUUGUUACGCCAGUGUUGAGGCUAUUUUGAAACAUGUUAUCAAGAAUCUGCCCGAUGAUGAUGGUGGUCUGUCUAAAGAAUAUCUUCGGGAGUUAAUAAAAGCUCUUCAUCGACUCAGAAAAGAAAACCCAGAUGGAUUGAGCGAAUUUAUUGGGCCAAUCUACACGAUUUUCUAUGGCUAUUCUAGGAAUGUGACGAAUGGAGUUGCAACUAUCGAUUCAGAGACAUACGAGUUGAUAUUGACUGUGGUUGACAUACUACACUUCCCGGAGUGGCCAGUUAAUGUAGUACAAGAAGAGUCAGUGAAACUUGUCAGAGCUGUGGAGGCAAUCACAGAGGGCCUCAUCAAGGUUGAUGGAUUUGAAAGUUUGAAUCAGAACCACAAUUUCCUAGGAUUCUCCGUAGAAAAGGGCAUGUCUGAUGAAAUCUUUCCUCCGAAUGAGCUGAAAAGAAAGACUGUUACAUUUGUGCAUCUCCCGGAUCAAAAAGUGAUUGCGAGACUUUUGUCCUCAAGCAGUGGUGAUGAAGGAACUUUCUUGUCCUCAAUUUCUCUGCCUCACUCGAUCCCCUCACAACUAACAGACGAUACAAUAGGACUCUACUUUGGUUACUAUGAAAAGAGUGUCUUGUUUCCCAUCAUUGUUUCAAAUGGCACUGAGGUGUUGAGGAGUCCAGCUUCGCAUGAAGUUUCACCCAUUAUAAUGGCAACUGUAUCAGAAAGAACCAUCAAGAAUCUAAAGGAGUCGAUAAACUACACUAUUUCAGUCACCCAUAGAAAUUAUUCUGACCCAAUUUGUGUGUCUUGGGAUUUCUCAGCUGUUGGUGGAAGAGGAAACUGGACCACCAAUGGAUGCAAAUUGGAAUCAGACAAGGACGGUGUCGUUACUUGUUCCUGUAGCCACCUGACUAACUUUGCAGUGUUGCUGGAUGUUCGUAUUAAGCCUACAGAAGCACCAGUGCUUCAAAGACCCAUCCUUUCCACUAUUGUUGUUGUGGGAGUUGGUAUAUCACUGCUGGGACUAGCACUGACAGUCAUUACAUUACUGCUAUUCAGUAAACUUCGCAAACGAGAUUCUACAGUGUUGCGUAUCCAGUUCUGUUUAUCUGUUGCUCUGAUGCUGGUGGCAUUUGUAUGUGGUAUUGCAAGGGUGGAGAUAUUCGAGCUGUGUGUGUCUAUCUCUGCAUUGAUCCACUACUUCACUCUAGUAGCUUUGAUGUGGAUGGCUGCGGAGGCAGUGCUCAUGUUCCAGAAACUCAUUUCAGCUACAAAGACUUCUGUUGCGUACUUUGUCAUCGCUUCACUCAUCUGUUGGUUGUUGCCUAUUCCAGCUGUAGUAGUGCCAAUUGGUAUUGACAGAAGCUUCAGCAUUCAUCAACAAUUUUGCUUCAUCAGCCAUAGUGUUGUCUUCUAUGCGUCAUUCCUUGGGCCUAUUGCUGGCAUCCUAAUCUUCAACCUUAUUAUGUUCUUUAUAGCUUUCAUCAUCAUCUUGAGGUACAGCACGAAGCAAUUCCGAAAUAGAAACAAGGUAAAGAAGAGGAGAGCUGCUGUUCGAACUAUCUUUACGAUCCUUGCUGUGAUCCUUAUAUUCGGUCUUACGUGGAUAUUCGGUGCUUUUACUGUUCUGAGAACUUCUAAUUACAUUGAAUAUUUGUUUGUCAUCUUUAAUUCACUUCAAGGGCUGUUCAUUUUCUUGAUUUUCGUUGUCUUUGCGAAAGAAACACGUAAUCUAUGGCUUGUAACUUGUGGUUGUAAAAAGAGGAAAUCAAAGGAUGGAACAUACGAGAUGGGAAACCUUUCUCGACGCGUUUCACGAAACCCCUCGCUUCGGAAAACAGGAGAUGAGAUUGAUAGUGAUGAAAGCUUUGAUUUUGACGGUGCUGAUCACCUUGAAGCAUUGAAGGCUCUUGAUAGGGAGGCUAGACUCAAUAUGAACUCAUGGGACGUUAUGUACAUUAUGCCGCAGAAUACAUUUGAUAUCUUCCUCAAUUCAGAUCAGUUUCAGCAUCCUUGUAUGCCCAUGACUGCCAGUAAUAACUUACCAGCAAGUUCAUUAUCAACUGUGCACGCACCAAUGUCAGAUAUCAACACUCGAGAGGACCAAUCUACUGCUGAUUCUGGGAUCUUAGUCGACCAAUUGAAAUUGAGCCGAUCGCCAAAAAAGCUACCUGGUGAACCAAUCACUACAAUUGAAGAGUCAGAAACGAGAUCUUCAUACCACAUUCACAGUGUGAGCGGGAUAGGUUAUGUUUCAGCUGACUCUGAUGAUGAAUUUCUAGACGGAGCUAGUCCACCAGUUUUGGCCACACCUCCUUCUAGGAGAAGAAGUAGGGCGUAUGGCGAUCGCUUCAAAAUGGAACUGCACAAUCGAUUAAAUUCACACGAACAAGAUUCCGAAAUUGAAAUGGUUACAUCUGACUUCAAAAUAGACAUUGCACAAUAACGCAUCAUCAUCAAGUUUGACUAUUGUAAUUUAUUAUUAGCUUGACGCUGCCCUAAAUUUGGAAUUGCUCCGUAUAAUUAUAUAUAUAUAUUUUUUAUUAUAUAACAUCAGCCCUAUAUAAUUGUAAUAACUGUAAA